ACACACACACACACACACACACACAUCGAGGAGUUCCUUUCGUCUUACUGAAUCAUUUAGCAGCAGAGUUGUAGUUCUCUGCGGUAUAAGCCACCACAGACAGAAGUCCCACAGCGGGCAUGGAGACGGAGGGAGGGAACACAGUCUUACCUGAUCCCCCAACUCAAAGGGAAAAGGACAUCAAAGAAGAAGAUGAGAAGGCAUAUGGAAAUAUAUUCACUGAGCUGGAGUCUGUUGAUCUGCCACUUGGAACCACCUUAAGGUCAGUUUAUGAUGACCAGCCCUACGCCCACAAGCGCUUCAUGGAGAAGCUGGAUGCCAGAAUACGAAACCACGACCGUGAGAUCGAGAAGAUGUGCAACUUUCACCAUCAGGGCUUUGUGGACGCUAUAACCGAGCUGCUCAAAGUCCGUGCAGACGCAGAGAAGCUCAUGGGCCAAGUGACGGACACUAAUCGGAGAUUACAGGAGGCUGGAAAAGAGGUGACGGCCCGCACAGAGGAGGUGGUCUGCUGUCGGCUCCAGCAGAGGAACAUGGCCACCACGGUGGAGAGGCUGCAGCUCUGCCUCCCAGUUCUGGAAAUGUACAGUAAACUAAAGGAGCAGCUGCAGACUAAAAGAUACUAUGCUGCAUUAAAGACCAUGGAGCAGCUAGAGAAUGUCUAUAUCCCAAGGGUGGGCCAGUACCGCUUCUGUCAGAUCAUGGCGGAGAACCUGCCCCGGCUCAGAGACCAGAUCAAGGAGAUCUCCAUGUCCGACCUCAAGGACUUCCUGGAGAGUAUCCGGAAACACUCGGACAAGGUCGGGGAGGCGGCCAUGAAGCAGGCCCAGCAGCACAGGACCUUCAACAGUGCGGUGGCCAGGCAGGCGAGUGCGGGCCCCUACAGCAGGCCCCUGUUCACCCUGAACGGGCGGGGCCGGGAGGCGCUCAACGGGCAGGCACUGGACGACAUGGUGGAGGAGGAGGAGGAGGUCCUUACAGCACAGGACCUGGUGGACUUCUCCCCGGUCUACAGGUGUCUGCACAUCUACACCAUCCUGGGCGACCGGGAAACCUUUGAGAACUACUACAGGAAACAGAGGAAAAAACAGGCCAGGCUGGUUCUGCAGCCGCAGGCCAGCAUGCAUGAGACAGUGGAGGGCUACCGGAGAUACUUUAACCAGAUAGUAGGGUUCUUCGUGGUUGAAGACCACAUCCUCCACGCCACACAGGGGCUGGUGACCCGGGCCUUCACAGAGGAGCUGUGGAACAUGGCUCUGUCGAAGAUCAUCGCUGUGCUGCGAACACACUCUUCCUACUGUGACGACCCAGACCUGGUGCUGGAGCUGAAGAACCUCAUCGUGAUCUUUGCAGACACUCUGCAGGGCUACGGCUUCCCUGUGAACCGCCUCUUCGACCUGCUGUUUGAGAUCAGAGACCAGUACAACGAGACCCUGCUGAAGAAGUGGUCCCUGGUGUUCCGAGAGAUCUUCGAGCUGGACAACUACAGCCCCAUCCCCGUGGAGACGGAGGAGGAGUACAAGCUGGUCGUCAGCCGCUUUCCUUUUCACGACGCAGAAAUAGAAAAGCAGGACUUUCCUAAGAAGCUGCCCAUGUCUCAGUCUGUGCCUCAGAUCUACACCCAGGUCAAGGAGUUCAUCUAUGCCAGCCUUAAGUUCUCUGAAUCGCUGCAUCGCAGCUCUACGGAGAUAGAUGACAUGCUACGGAAGUCUACCAAUCUGUUGCUGACCAGAACCCUCAGUGGCUGUUUGCAGAACCUCAUUAAGAAACCGCACAUCGGACUGACUGAGCUGGUCCAGAUCAUCAUCAACACCACCCACCUGGAGCAAGCCUGCAGGUACCUGGAGGACUUCAUCACCAACAUCACCACGGUGUCCCCAGAGGCCGUGCACACCACCCGGUUGUACGGCCUGUCCACCUUCAAGGACGCGCGCCACGCCGCCGAGGGGGAGAUCUACACCAAGCUGAACCAGAAGAUCGACGAGUUCAUCCAGCUGGCGGACUACGAGUGGUGCAUGGCCGAGUCCGACGGCCGCGCCUCCGGCUACCUCAUGGACCUCAUCAACUUCCUGCGCUCCACCUUCCAGGUGUUCACCCAUCUGCCGAGUAACAACAAUGACCAUGCGUCUAUGUCGGGUAAGGUGGCCCAGACCGCCUGCAUGUCCGCCUGCAAGCACCUGUCCACCUCGCUGCUGCAGAUGUUGAUGGACAGCGAGCUGAAGCAGAUCAGCAUGGGUGCCGUCCAGCAGUUCAACCUGGACGUCAUCCAGUGUGAACUGUUUGCGAGCUCGGAGCCGGUCCCUGGUUUCCAAGGAGACACUCUCCAACUGGCCUUUAUUGACCUGAGACAGCUCCUGGAUCUGUUCAUGGUGUGGGACUGGUCCACCUACCUGGCGGACUACGGGCAGCCCACCUCCAAGUACCUGAGGGUGAACCCCACCACGGCGCUGGCCCUGCUGGAGAAAGUCUACAGGGGGAUGAAGGACACCAGUAAGAAGAACAAUAUCUUCUCCCAGUUCAGGAAGAACGACCGGGAUAAGCAGAAGUUGAUCGAGACAGUAGUGAAACAGCUCAGGAGCCUCAUCAAUGGCAUGUCGCUGCACUCCUAGACACACGCACACACAAACUCACACGCACACGCACACUUCUAAAUAUACUGAAGGGCAUGGCAUUCUCAACCAAGGUCUCAGUCAUUGCCAACAAAGGUUCAGAUCUUUUUUUAUUUGACACAUGGAAGCAAUAGUGUUCAGCCCUGUCCAGACCUGGCUGGGUCCAGAGGUCCCCAGAAGUUCUGGCAUUGAAUUGUGUCUCUUCAUUCAUCUUCAGCGACCAAUUAUGUGCUUGGCUUUGAGCUUCUCAAAGUCUGAAAAUCCAAGCAAGUCGGGUAGAAAGGGCAUCAUGAAUAUGAUCAAUAGAUUGCUGAGCUCCAAAUGACCGGUGGAAUUGUGAUGGGUUUGUAUGCCGGUGGACAGGUGUGUGACCACAGCAGAACAAACAGCAGCUUUGCUAUAAUAUGAAACUAGUUCCACCACUCUCUAGCUUUGGACAGAGGUGGGAACUAUUGACAUAUUAAAGUCAAACUCAAUUUGGAACAAGGCAUAUCUAGGACGUAGGUGCAGAUGACCACGCAAAGGAUGGAUUAUUGGUCAACCGAACUUGAUCUUGCGCUGGUGUGUCUCUGAGCACUUCCAGUUCACCUGACACACAUUUCAAUGCCAGAGUAGCCAGAGGCAGAGCUUGGUGGUAGAGACGGGCUAUUCACCUGAAGUGCAAGCUGUUGUCCAGGGCAAGUGGGAUUUUAUUUAUAUUGAGACGCAACUCUUAAUGCCUGUUAACUUAUUCAAUUUGUUCAGUUUGAUAUAUUUAAAAAAAAUGCUCCAUCCAUCCCCCCACGUGUCCCCGGUCCACAUCUGUUGUUCUGUUGGUUACACUCCUCUGAUGUCACAGAGGUGUAACCUAUUUGUUCUGUGGUGGCCUCUUUCCUAUUCCGCCUCUGGGGGUCCGGUCACAUGGAGACCAAUACACACACACACACACACAACACACAAAGUGGAAUAUCUAAAACAAAAGCUGCAGACUAACCCAUGAGUCAUGGCAUUUCUGCAUCACUCGCAUACUGCCCCUUCAGUCGAACGCGACUGAAUAUGAAGUUUCAAUGAUAUACACGCAUACAAAGAACGUAUAUUACCUACUGUUAAAACAGAUCACCAGUCAAAUGUUCUGAAUGUAUUUUAACGACUAGGGUGGCUAAACGUGUUGGGCCCAUGUUUCAGUGAAAGUGCAAUGGUUCCAGGAGGUCUAAGUGAGGCUUGGUACAGCCGGCCCAGUCUACCUGAGUUAGGGGUCAGUCUACCUGGGUUAGAGGGUGUUGCACCCUUAACUCUGCCGAAAUACAUAUUGAAACAAGACGCUUCCCAGUAGGAAUAGGAAAAUGGUCAGAUUGUGUUUGAUCAGGAUGGAUACUCAUGAUUUUGUAUGCCAUCCAAGUCUUCACAGAAGCAGCCAUAUUAGACCUGCCUCAUUCUGUACUUUGGGUUAUUGGUUGCCGCCAUGCAUCGGUGUGCAGUGGAUGAAUGAUGACGUCCCCAAAGACUGAUGUUCACGUGGAACAGCAAGAUGUGUACUCAAAAAAUACUAUGUUUUUUUUCUUAUCUCUCUCUCUCUCUCUCUCUCUCUCUCUCUCUCUCUCUCUGAGCUUCCACUUAAAGUGCAGUGUCAAUCCUGUGUGGUCCUCCAGUACCGCUGCUCGGCAGUCUCUCUGGGGGCUUUGAGGCCUAAAUUAACAUUUUAUUAUUUAGUUUUCUGUGAUACAAAGUGAUAUUUAAUAUGAAGCUUUUUCAGCGUUGUUCAUUUUUUUAUCAGAUGAAAACUGGAAAGGAGGGACAGCCGUUGGCCCUGGCUCUGUUCAUAUGAUGAGGUUAAAGCUCAGAGUACCAGACUGAGGUGGGCCGUUGCUCGGACAGGACCAGCAGGGACUUGUGUGUCAGGGCCCACGGGAAUAACAUUCACAUUCUCACAAGAAAAGGUGAAUGAGGAUGAAGGAUCCAGGAUGUAUAGGGAAUCUCCCCUGGUGGGUUGCUCAGGGAAAUAUGAAAGUGAACAUCAAGCAAGUAUUGAACAUGUAGAUCAAGGAAUUUUGUGGCACUGCAUAAGUCAUUUUAAAUGCUUUUGUUUUAUUUCCAGCAUGUCACGCACAUGGAUAUACAUAUAUAUAUAUACAUAUAUAUAUAUAUAUGUAUAUAUAUAUACACACACAUAAUGUCUGAGAAAGAGAUUUAAAUUAAACAAUGGUGUGUCCCAGCCACAGCACUCCAGAACUCCAAAUUGCUUGUUUGUUCAACUUGUUCAAACCAGACAAACACAGAAGGCCCUCCUGAUAGUCUGCGUCACGGUUCCACAUUUCAACACUAAAAACACAACAUUGUAACCCUACUUAAACCCCUCUACGUAAACCUCUAACACCCAUAAUCCUUUGCGCACCAGUGCCCCCACAGGUCGGGGCGACCCAAUCACCUACUGGGGUUACAACAGCGCCCCCACUGGUCUGAGUGACCAAAUUACCUAAAAACAAAAAUCUGUUUUGUCAACUUAUCAUUUGAAAUAUGUUGUUCCCCUCUGGGAAAUGUAAGCUUUAAGGUCUUCUCCUCUACAUGUUCCCGCAGCACAGCAAUAACUUAUUGGUUAGAUUGACCUGCAGGCUAGCAGGUUGUCAUGCUAGCAGGUAACCUUAGCACCUAUGAAUGAUUCCCGAUGGAAAACUACAUGAAAAAUGUGAUUAAGUGAUUGUUUUUAUUAUGUCACAUAACAUAUGUUGACGUUUUAAUGUUUGUUUUGAGGUCUGUGCUUCAGCAGGCAUUUUGCACUGUUUUUUAAUUUAAUUGUUUAUUUUCUGUUGCCUUUCUGUUGCUUGUAAUCGCCAUUGUAUAUACUGCAUCAUUCGUACAUUAUUUGCAUUUGAAAUUGAAUGAAUCCUCAGAGUGAAUAUGUUGUAUAAAGUCCUGGUUGAUUGGGAGUUGGUGCUGAGGCAGAGCGGAGUGAUCCCGUGGUGCAUGGUUCAGUGAAGCUGGAGCCAAUACUGUUUGACAUGAAGUCCUGAAGAACUCAUCUUGACCUGUAAACCAAUUGUCAUCCAAAAUAAACAUUUUAUUGAUGGGUUAUUUGUUGCUUUCUUAUUUGAUGAAAUGUAAAUAAAGGUGGCUCUUUGCCUAAAUGACA